AAAUGUCAAAUGUCAAAUUUCAAAACGUAAACAAACCGAAGAUUUGGAUUAUUUUAACUAUUUUUUAAAGAAAAUGUGCGAUAUCGAACGUUUCGACGAUAGUUUAUUCGCAAUUUUAAAAGAAUGUCGCACUUUGCCCAAUUUUUUCGACGCCGUUUUCGGCUUUUUAAACCGCAGAACCGAUUUUUACGUAAUCUCAACCAAUUCGAAUUCUCACGUUGGUUUACCGGAAGGUUUCGCAGAACGAUUCGUUCGAAAUACAUUUUACAAAUGGAAACCGAAGGAUUUAAACAAAAAUGAGGUCCCCGAAGCUGUAAUCGAAACUGAAAUUGAAACCGAGGUUGAAAUCGAUGAUGAGACUGAUAAUAAUAAAGGGAUUGCAAUGAAAAGUGAUGAUAUUGAAGGUGAUUUAAGAAAAUUAAACGUUGAAAAUGAUAAAAAUGUUUCUGAUAGUUAUAACGGAGGUGUUUUUGAUAAUUAUUCUUGGUCCCAGACUAUAAGUGAUGUUGAUGUAUUAAUAAAAACCCCGUUUGGGGUUACUUCCAAAGAUUUAAUUGUCGCGAUUCAUCCAAAUAAGAUCUCUAUUAAAACAAAAAAAUCCUCUUUGGUGUUAAUUGAAGACGAAUUAUGUAAUUGUGUUAAAAAUUCUGAAGCAAUUUGGUCAUUGGAUGUCUCCCAAAGAAAAUUAACUGUUCAUUUAGAGAAACGGUCGGAAAUUUGGUGGGAUUGUUUGUUAAAAUCAGAACCGAAAUUGGAUUUAUCAAAAAUGGAUUGUUCAAGACCAUUUGAGGAGCUCCCCGAUGAAGCUCAAGCAAAAAUUGAAGAGUUGCAAUGGAACCAGGAGAGAAAAAGGCUUGGAUUACCUACAAGUGAUGAAAUAAAGAUGAGGGAAACAUUGAAAAAGGCGUGGAAUGCAGAAGGAAGUCCCUUUGUGGGUGAUUUUGAUCCAUCUUCGGUCAAUUUUAAUUAAAAGUAAGGAUUCAAAAUUGAAGCUAAAUUGGUUUUGGAAUUUAUAUGAAGAAAAUGAAGCUGAAUGAGGUAAUAAAAUGACAUAUCAAAGAUGAUUAUAACACAUUUGUGUCUCUCUUUGACUCAAUAUUGAGUCAAAGUAUGCAAACAUCAUAAGAGUAAAAAAAAUCAACAAAGAAAUCGUGAAAAAAGCCUUAAAUGUUGGAGAAUACCAGCUUUAAAUGAUCAACCCAACUUUAGUUCAUUAUUUGAGACUGUUUAAAAGAAUAUUUUUUAUUGUGUGUAGUUUUAAAUUUAUUAAUUUUUGUGUAAAAAGUUUAAGAUUAAGUAUAUAGUAUAAAAGCAACUAUCACACCACUAAAAACUUUACUUUAGAGCCCCCUUAAAGAAAACUACAAUUUGUUCAAGUGUUAUUUGGUUAGAUAAUAGAUAAUAGAAAUAUAAUAUAAUAUUAGAAAUAGAUAAUAUCAUUAUCUACCUAUUAUCUAUAACACUCAAUUGCUAUCUCUAAAAAUAAUUUUUAAUUCCAAAAAAUAAAUUUUUAUAGUCAUACUCCAAAGGCCAUAAAUUGGUGACCCCAACGUGAUAUUUUAAAGCAAUUAAUUUCAAUUAAAAAGAAGAGAAGAAUUUUAUUUGAAGAGUUCGAUUUUCAAUUUAUAUUAUUAACCCAUUGGAUGCCUAGUAUUAAUUCUAUAAACACACCUUCUUGGGCCAAGUUUUUAUAUAAAGAAAAAUGAAAUCAAACUAAACUCCUGGACAAAAUUAACGCACCACUUUAUUAAACGUAAAUAAUUAAAUUAUUAAGAAUAUCAUAAAAUCAAAUUAGCAUGAAAGCUUACAAAUUGGGUUUAUAAGAUUGGUUGAAAAAGGAAUCAGCGAAACAUGACCUUAUUUUAAAUCAUUAAUACGUCUUUUGUUGAAAAUGUGUGAGAUAUGAAAACGAAAAUCAAAAUAAAAAUGUUUAAACAAUCGAAUGAAAAAAGUACCUUGUAGGUCCUCCUCUACUCCGAAUUAGCGCAUUCAUACGCCUUGGCAUGCUAGCGAUUAAAUUUUGAAUUGUAUCCUGGGGAAUAUUGUCCCAUUCUUCAAUUACUGCAUCCACCAGUUGGUUGUGGUUGGCUGGUGGGAGUCUACGACCACGGACCUUUUUUCUAAGAUAGUCCCAUAAAUGUUCUAUGGGAUUGAGAUUGGGACUGUUAGGUGGCCAAUCCAUGAACUGUCUAACCACGUGACGACGUGCAUUAUCUUGCAUGAAUACAAAAUUAGGAUCCAAAAAAGGAGCAAAUGGCAUUACGUGUUCAAGUACGAUGUUUUCCAGGUAAUAAUCCGCAUUCAUAGACCUCGCACGUAUAUCUGCUUGCACUAAAACAUACCAUACCAUUUGACAUUAUCGAUACUAGUCAUCUUCGUGCAACAGUACCUAUGAUAGAUUUAGUAAUCUGUAGGUGUCUUAUUAAUAAUAAGUCUAUUUUAAUCAUACUAGUCUACAUUCCUCCCGAUAUAUCUUCUGAUGAUAUGGAGACAUUUACUACUGCUCUUGAGGCUAUUAUAAUUAACCAUUUCUUUGUAUUGGUUGGAGAUUUCAAUCUCCCCGAUUUAAUUUUACCUACUAGUCAAUAUUCAAUUAAAACCAGGGCUUUUAUUGAUUUUUUAAGUGUUCUUAAUGCCAAACAGUACAAUAACGUUAAGAAUGAAGAUGGCAGAAUGUUGGAUUUGUUGAUCUCUAAUGCUGACCUGAAUUUUCACAUAAUAAGAUCUGACAAUCCAGUUGUACCAGAAGAUUCUUAUCAUCUCAGUCUUGAAGUGGAAGUUUACUACUCUACACCUACUAAUCAACAGCGGUUCCCAUCUUCUGAUAAUUUACGAUAUGACUUCCAUCGAGCAAAUUACCCUGCAUUAUAUGAUCACUUCUUUAAGUAUGAUUGGUCUUUUUUGCUUUCCCAUACCGAUGUCAAUGAGGCUUUGGAUGCCUUCUAUGAUGCCAUUUACUCCGUAAUUAAUACACACGUCCCUAUUAAAACCAAAUCUGAUAGUUCUUACCCACCGUGGUUUUCGCCGGAAAUAAAGAAACAUAUUGAUAUCAAAAAAUUCUAUCACAAAAAAUGGAUCAAAACAAAAAAAAGAGUAUUUUAUAAUGAAUUUAAGCGACUAAGGAGGUUGUUAAAAAAUGAAAUAAACGACAGUUGCAUUAAGUAUCUUAACAACAUACAAAAUACCAUCAAGACUGAUCCGUCCAGUAUAUGGAAUUUUCUCCGAGCUAAGAAACGUACCACAAGAAUACCCUGUAAUCUGGUUGAUAGUGAGAGCAAUGUUCUUGCUGAUCCUCAAGAUAUUGUAAAUGCUUUUGCUGACAUGUUUUCUGCUGUUCACACUGUAUCUACUGACCGAACUUUCACUGAAUCUAAUUUCAAUCCGUUGCCAUACUCUUUUCAUGCCACUACAGAAGAGGAGCUAAUUAAAUUAAUGGCAACGUUUUCUAAUAAACAUACUGCUGGAGAUGAUUUGUUGCCAAGUUUUAUGGUCAGAGAUUGCCGUUAUAUAUUUGCUUGCCCUCUUAAAUUUAUUAUUAACUUGUCCAUUACGUCCUGUGAAUUUCCUGAAAGAUGGAAACGAUCAAGAAUUGUGCCUGUUUAUAAAAAGGAUGAUCGUACACCAUCCAAUUUUGCUAAACUAUUUGAAAAGUUAUUAUAUUCUUUUAUGUACACCAGCACGUGCCCCUUUGUGUCAGCUUCCCAGCAUGGUUUUGUUUCCGGUAGCUCUACAGUUACCAACUUGGCUACGAUUUCCGAGUUUAUCUGUACCACCCUGGAUAGAUGUGGGCAGGUGGAUGUUGUAUACACUGAUCUAUCCAAAGCCUUUGAUCUGAUUGACCAUAGAAUUCUCUUGUAUAAAUUGAGCUCUUUCGGAUUUGUUCCUUCAGCAAUUCAACUUCUGGCCUCUUAUUUGCAACAUAGAAAAUGUUAUGUUGCUUACAAUGGAUAUUUUUCUAAUGAGUUCACUCUUACCUCAGGGGUUCCACAGGGAUCAAAUUUGGGCCCUCUAUUAUUUGUACUUUUCUUAAAUGACUUACUUCUAAAAAUUGAUUGUCGGAUGUGGGGAUAUGCUGAUGAUAUCAAGAUCUAUGCCGAAGUCUCAUCGAUGGCAGAUGCAGAUAAGCUGCAGCACAACUUAAACACAAUAGUGCAAUGGUGUAAGACCUACAAACUUAACCUUAAUAUAGAUAAAUGUUGUGUACUUACUUAUAGCCGAUGCUCGUCAACAUGCAUAUAUCCUUACAAUAUUGCUGGCAGCACUUUAAGUCGUGUUGAGGAGUACAGGGAUUUGGGGGUCCUGUUUGAUGCAAGUCUUAAUUUUAAAAAACAUAUCAAUAAUGUGUGUUCGGAGACCUUUAGGUCCCUAGGUUUUGUGAUGCGUAUGUCUAAAUAUUUCACAAGUGUCAGCUUAUUAAAGACCUUGUAUUAUGCUUACGUUCUGAGUAAGUUAGAAUACGCUUGAUUGAUUUGGAGUCCCUUAUAUGCAUGUGAGUUCUUAAGCCUUGAUCGAGUCCAUCGUAGAUUCUUAAAAUUUCUUUUUUACAAAUCUGAUGGAAUUUACCCUGAGCGAGGUAUACCACAAAAUGAUUUGCUUGCACGACACAAUAUGAUUUCCUUGAUGGACAGAAGAAACGCGUUUUAUGAAAGGUUUCUACAAAGGCUUAUCGAAUAUAACAUCAUAGAUUGCCCUUUCAUUCUUGAGCGACUAGGGUUUGUUGUUCCAAGGAGUAACUCAAGAUAUAGCUGCGUAUUCGUCAUUCCUUAUGCUAGGACAAACAUUAUGAGACGGGCGCCAACAUACACUCUCUGUAAAGUGGGCAACAGGAUUCCAGACAAUCAGUGAUCACCUGCAUGUAAAUUCACUUAUACAUGUAAAUUCACUUAUUUAGUUUUUAUUUUUAUUUUCUUUAUAAUUCGGUCAAUUGUUAAUUUCUUCAAUUUUUUGUAAUUUUUGUUUUUUUUUCUCACAUACAGAUACAUAUUAUUGUAUUAUUACAUUAUGUAAUAUAUAUUGUUAUCCUUUUUUGGGCUAUGCCUGUUGGGUAAUAAAGGAAUAUUAUUAUUAUUAUAAGGACCAACGCUGUGCGAGCGUCGAAGCAGAUGGCUCCCCAAAACAUUACAGAGCCGCCAACAAACGGCACUCUUGGAGCAAUGUUACAACUUGCAAAUCUCUUUCCUUGUCUUCACCAUACACGCUCACGUCCAUUAGGAGAUUUUAAGCUAACCCUCGUUUCGUCAGAGAAUAAAAUCUUUUUCCAAUCAUUAACAGACCAAUGUUGGUGAUUUCGGGCAAAACGCAAUCUUUGAACUUUGUGCUCUCUGGUAAAUAAUGUUUUUUUUUGCUGGUCUCUUGCUCUAUAAUUCGGCUUCAUUUAAACGUUUUCGUCCUUGCCCUGAUCUUCAAAUGUGAGAUCCAGUUUUGAUAAACCGUCUAAUCAUAUGACUUAUGCAGGAAGGAUUCCUUCCUAACACAUUGGCAAUAUAACGCAUCGAGUACCCCUUAUCCAGCAGAGUUGAUGCCCGUACUGCCUCUUCCAGCGAUAAAUUUCUUUGGUGAUUCAUUUUUCGCACUGGUAAACAUAUGUGAAAAUCAAUCACACGCAAAAGCUUCACUCUUACAGAAAAAUGGUCUAAACUAGAACUAUUCUUUGUCAAUAUUUGUUUUAAAUCUCAAAGAACAUCUAUAGCAUACUAGCAGUAAAGCUAGUAAAUUAUAACUUAUCAUUAAUUAAAAAGUACUGGAAAAUGUAAGUGGUGCUUUAAUUUUAUCCAGGAGUUUAUUAUAAUACUCUUUAUUAAGAUUACUAAACUAUUUCAGAACUUAAAACCUAAAAAUUUAAUAUUUUGUGAUAUUCCUGAAAGCAAGGCACUACACAUAAUCCGACGUUGCAAUCUUCUUUCGACGCCUUGCUUUUGUUGUUGUUUGCGAACAUACUACACAAACACGGCAAGCAUGUUUUUUCACGAACAUUUUUUUGGUUUCGAUAGUGAAGAACUAAAAUGUUGGCUUGACUUUGCCUAUCAAUGUAGGCAGAUAAUAUUUUAAGAACCUCCGCGACUGUUACUUGUAAAAACUUAAGAAUUAUACCAGACAACACCGACAACAUCUAGUAGCGAAAAAUUUGAGUGAUAGAUUGCACCCAUCACUUCAAUUUGCGAUUAAUGCAGUUAACAAAAUAAGAAGCUAUGAAUUGAAUACGCGUUUAUUUGCACAAUUGUGCGAUGAAAAUGAUGAAGACUUCCAACGAUUACUCUUAUAUACUGAAGUAGGCUGGUUAUCGAAAUGUGCAUGUUUAACAAGAUUUUAUUCACUUUUUCAAUCAGUGUUAGAGUUUCUGGAAAGUAAAGACCCAGAUUUAAAAGAAAACCUUAUCAAUUUGAAAGCCGAGAUCGCGUAUUUGACAGAUUUGUUCAAAAAAUUUAAUGCUAUUUACUUACAAUUACAAGGGGACAACAACGAAGGGUGUAAAAAACAAAGGAUGUAGUUUCAGCCUUUGUUGGAAAAUUGAAAUUUAUGAAGCAAAAUGUUAGUCGGCGCGAAUUUUCCCAGUUUUCAAACUUGUCACAGGUAGAAUGGCUUGAUGAGGAUAUUCAGACAUACAUUUAAUUGCCCUGCAUGAUGACUUCAAAAUCAGAUUUGAAGAUAUUCUGAUGAUGGAAAUACCACCUAGGAUCAUAAAUCCAUUUGAUAAAACGGAAGUGGAGAAUGUGAUAUUACAAGAGGAGCUACUCGAGCUUAACACUAAUGAGGAGCUGAAAGUGAAAUUUAGAAAGCUUUUGAUGGCGUUUCCCUCGUCAUAUCUUGUCGAAAAAAGUUUUAGUGUCGUUACAAACCUUUUAACAAAAAAAAGGGAGCAGAUUGAAUAUCAUAGAACGGGGAGAUUUGCGGUUAUUCCUAACAAAACUGAAGCCAAAUAUUGAUAAUUUGCUGUCAAUCCACCAAGUCCCAUUAAAAUUAUGACUAUUUUGUGAUUGUCAUUGUAGAAGUUACGUUACGUUAUUAAUAUUUAAUUUUAAUUAUAUUACUACUCUUAUCAUAUUACAUUAAUAUGAUAACAAUAAUAAUUAAUAGUGUAAUAAUUAUAUAUUUGAAGAAAUACAACACAAGAAAAUA